ACUCGCUGGUGUGCCUGAGCGUGGCCUCCGAGCGCACCCUGCAGACGCCCACCAACUACUUCAUCCUGAGCCUGGCGGCCGCCGACCUACUCCUCGCGCUGCUCGUGCUGCCGCUCUUCGUCUACUCGGAGGUCCACGGCGGCGAGUGGCUCCUGAGCCCCCGUCUCUGCGACGCGCUCAUGGCCAUGGACGUCAUGCUCUGCACCGCCUCGAUCUUCAACCUGUGUGCCAUCAGCGUGGACAGGUUUGUGGCCGUGACGGUGCCGCUGAGCUACGGCCGGCAGGGCCGGCGUCAGCUAUUGCUCAUUGGCGCCACGUGGCUGCUGUCCGCCGCGGUGGCAGCGCCGGUGCUUUUCGGCCUCAACGACGUGCGCGGGCGCGAUCCGGCCGUGUGCCGCCUCGAAGACCGCGACUACGUGGUGUACUCGUCCGUGUGCUCUUUCUUCCUGCCCUGCCCGCUCAUGCUGCUGCUCUACUGGGCCACCUUCCGUGGCUUGCGUCGCUGGGGCGCUGCCCGGCGCGCCAAGCUGCACGCACAGGUGCCCCGCCGGCCCAGCGGCCCCGGCCCGCCCCCGCUCCCCGAGCUCCCCGGGGGCCCCCGCGCCCCGGACCGUGCGGACUCCUCGCCCGGCCUCCCCUACGCCUUGGACCCACAGGACUCCGCUCCCGAGCUCCCCUGCGCCACAGACCCUGCGGACCCCGCACCCCAGCUGCCCCGCGCGCUGGACUGUGCGGAUCCCGCGCCGGGCCUCCCCGGGGAUCCCUGCAGCGAGGACUGUGCCGCUCUGGACGCCAUCCCCGAAGGGGCGCUCCCGCCGCACGCCCGCAGGAGGCGGCGCGCCAAGAUCACCAGCCGCGAGCGCAAAGCCAUGAGGGUUCUGCCGGUGGUGGUCGGGGCUUUCCUGGUGUGCUGGACACCCUUCUUCGUGGUGCACAUCACGCGCGCGCUGUGUCCCGCCUGCGCCGUGCCCCCGCGCCUGGUCAGCGCCGUCACCUGGCUGGGCUACGUCAACAGUGCCCUCAACCCCGUCAUCUACACUGUCUUCAAUGCCGAGUUCCGCACCGUCUUCCGCAAGGCGCUGAACCUGGGUUGCUGAGCGAGCGCCGGGCAUGGAGCCCAGCCUGGAGGGCACAAGCGCUGGUCUGAUUAAACCGAUUGCU